GGAGAGUCUUCUUCUGAACAGCGAUAGGGAAAGGGAGCAGGAGCGUUCCCAUGGGUAUACAGGCCCCCAACCAUAUGAGGAGGGAGAAGAGAACGUUUCCCAUGACUUGAAAGAAGAAAAGCUUUUGCAUGUUCGUUUGAAGAAGGAAGACUCUACCUUCAUCUGCCUAUCUGAAAUGAGCUCUCUAGAUCACUUUGAUGCGCAAGAGAUAAUAGGUUCCCCUGGCGAGGACUUUGAAUACCCUCUCUCCUUGGAGAACCAUUCCUCUUUUUCUGCCUUCGAUUCGCCGGGGAUAACUGAAUUCAACGCCUCCUUCAAGUGCUCAUCCAUGGAGGCCUCUGAAAGGCCCAUUAAUGCCUUCAAGGCUGAGGGAGUCUCAGGAGCAGUGCCGAACGCAUCGUCCGCCAGUUUUAUCUCAUUCGGCAACGUGGAGUCAGCGCAUGAUCCCCUCCAACCAUGGCCAAGAACUGAAAGUUUCUACUCUCAUGAUUCAACAUCGAAUGAGACGACCCUGGACUUCCAAAGACCUGAGAGGAACGGCAUGGUGAGUAGACCAACUUCACAAGACCAUGUGAUUGCAGAGAGGAAGCGACGGGAGAAACUCAGCCAGCAGUUUAUAGCACUAUCAGCUAUCAUCCCAGGCCUAAAAAAGACCGAUAAGGCUUCACUUCUCGGAGAUGCGGUCGACUACCUUAAGCAGCUUGAAGAGAAGGCGAAAACCUUAGAAGAGCAGGCUGUCAAGAAGAGUGCUGCUGAGCCUAUCAUCUUUGUCAAGAAGUCACUUCACAUCUCCAAUACUAAUGGGAGCUCACCUGGCGAGGCUGUCCAAAAGAUCGAGGCUAGCUUGGAAGGAAAGGCUGUUCUCAUGAGCAUCCACUGCGAGAAGAAGAAAGGAGUGUUGGUGAAGGUGCUAUCGGAAAUUGAGAAGCUCCACCUCGGUGUCAUCAACAUGGGCGUCGUGCCCUUUAUUGACUCCUCUCUAAACAUCACUGUGACGGCACAGGCAAGUGGCUGUUGUCCUCAAAACACCAUGGAUUAUUGGAUCAUUAGUAUAAAUUGGCAUGGAACAAAAAUUGAAGAAGGAUUCUCUAUGACCGAGAAAGAUCUUGUAAAGGAAUUAAACUCAGCUCUCAGCCAGUGGUUGUGA